GGGACCGGAAGGAUGUCAUAAAUGCACUUAAAAUAAAUAUUCUUCGUCUGUUUUUAAUCUCUUAUCAACAUGAGCAUUCACCUGGAUCUCCUCGCCUUUAUUCUGAUGUUGGAAUACAUUUCAGUUGACGGAUUGAAAUGUUUGAAAUGUAACACUGUCCAGCAUGGAUCUCUGUGCGGACCUGAUGCCACUUUUCUGAAGACCAACUCAUCCAUGAUAGAAGAAUGCGACAUGACAUGUAGAGUCAGUAAAAUCACAGCACCCAGUGGAAACGAAGUGUACCUGCGAGGCUGUUCAAAUACAAAGAAAACUGGGUGUAUAUCACGAAACUUCACAUCAUUUGAAAACAAAAAACUUCCGGGUCAUCUCUGUCAGUGUAACCUUGACCUUUGCAAUACGGACUUCAACGUUGAAAGCAAGAGUCGAUCAAUUGUAAAAGAACCUUUGCGUGCCCCUAUUUCAGACCAGACUUCUAUCAGAACAACAAAGAAUGGAGCAAAAAUUUCGACGCCAUUUUCUUCAAUGAUUUUAUUUUUUAUCGCAAAUCUUUUUAUUGAUGGGGUAGCAUGACAUCUAUGUUACAAAUUGUGUUAUUCUGCUUUUGUUUUGUCAAUUAUAUAAUUUCACUUAUGUAGUGUUAACAUCAAGUUAAAGUCUUUUGUUUGAAUAAAAAAUAAUAAUUUUCGUCUCAUUUUUUGUAAUUUGUUUUUGCUUUGUUUGUGCACGUCAAAUUAAUGACCUAAAACAAAAAAAAAAAUAAUAAUAAUUGAAAAGUCUAAAAAGUUAAAGUAUUUUUUUUAUUGUUGAAUUCCUUUUUGUAAAAAGAUAUUAAACUUUCUUAAUAUUUGACCAGUAAGUCCAUUGAAAUUGAUAUAUUUUCUAAAAUGAUAUCAAAUGAAAUAUUGGAGGAAUUGAACAGUAACCCAGUCCAAAGGUCUAUUCAAACGAUACAACACAGAAGCAGAACAAACAAGAACCUCCAAAAUAAAUCGUUUAUGAGCCGUUAUCUAAUUUUUUGCCAACUGGAAUCAGAAAACUAUUUAUAAAAAUUUCCGUCAUAAAUUUCCUACAGCUGUUUGAUAUACCAUUUUUUUCAUUUAUACUAUAUAUAAAUGGUAAAAUAUCGUAUUUGCCACAAAUCAAGUCAAUCUCUGUUCCGUCCCCUUUGACUUCCUUAAUACAAGUAUCCAUGUGUGUUUUUGAGAACAAUUUGUUGAACUUAUCUUAUGCAUUUUAUUUAUUUUGAUUGCUUUUAUUUCCGUUGUAACACACGCCUGUCUAAGUACAGUCUCAGAUGUCCUGAAAUUAUUUCAUAACAGAAUAUUGUAAAUAU